AGCAGAAGCAGAAGGAGAUAUCUUCAAAAAACAGCGAUGGUGUUUCGAGCAGUUCUCAAUCUGAAAAUUCACCAAUCGAGCAAGUGGCUCUUACAGUUCCGGUCACCGACAACUCAACUCUUCCGGUCGUUACAUUCCGAAUGUGGAUACUCGGAACCCUAGCUUGUAUUCUCCUCUCAUUUCUCAAUCAAUUCUUCUGGUUCCGCCGUGAGCCUCUCUCAAUCAGCUCAAUCUCAGCUCAAAUCGCGGUGGUUCCAUUAGGUCAUCUCAUGGCUAUGGCGAUCCCAAAUCGAGUGUUCUUCAAAGGGAGAAAAUUCGAAUUCACGAUGAAUCCAGGACCGUUUAAUGUAAAAGAACAUGUAUUGAUAACGAUUUUCGCGAACUCCGGCGCCGGGAAUCCGUAUGCGAUUCAUAUCGUCAGUGCGGUCAAGGUUUUCUACAAGAGGACGUUGACUUUCUGGGUUUCGUUGAUCGUUGUUCUGACGACGCAAGUAUUGGGCUUUGGAUGGGCCGGGCUUUUUCGGAGGUAUUUGGUGGAGCCCGCUGCCAUGUGGUGGCCCCACAAUCUUGUCCAAGUUUCUCUUUUCAGGGCCCUUCAUGAAAACGAAGAAAGAGCCAAGUACGAAUUGACACGAAACCAGUUCUUCCUCAUUGCCUUUUUAUGUAGCUUUGCUUACUAUGUCUUUCCAGGUUACCUUUUCCCGAUGCUAAGUUCCCUUUCAUGGCUAUGCUGGAUAUUCCCAGCUUCUGUCCUUGCCCAACAGUUGGGUUCUGGGCUUCAUGGUCUUGGAAUGGGUGCCAUUGGACUCGAUUGGUCUAGUAUAUCCUCCUAUCUGGGAAGCCCACUAGCUAGUCCAUGGUUCGCCACUGCAAACAUUGCUGCUGGAUAUUUUCUCAUUAUGUAUGUUGUUACACCUAUUAUGUACUGGUCCAAUGUGUACAAAGCCAAAACCUUUCCAAUAUUCUCAGACGGCCUCUUCACAUCAGAUGGUCAAACAUACAAUAUUUCAGCCAUUGUCGAUCAAAAUUUCCAUAUUGAUUUCAAUGCAUAUGAACACGAGGGCCCUCUCUACCUCAGCACUUUCUUUUCAAUGACUUACGCAUUUAGCUUUGCUUGCCUCAGUGCCACAGUCGUUCAUGUCUUCCUCUUCCAUGGACGAGACCUGUGGCAGCUGAGCAAGUCCGCUUUCCAAGAGAAGAAAAUGGAUAUUCACACGAAGCUCAUGAGAAAAUACAAGCAAGUUCCUGAAUGGUGGUUCUUAAGCAUUCUUCUUGUAAAUAUUGCCGCUACUGUGUUUAUAUGUGAAUAUUACAAAACACAGCUCCAAUUACCAUGGUGGGGCGUCUUGCUGGCAUGCGGUCUUGCUUUCUUUUUCACCCUUCCGGUUGGAGUUAUCACUGCCACCACAAACCAAACUCCUGGGUUGAAUGUGAUAACGGAGUACAUAAUUGGCUACUUGUACCCCGGUUAUCCAGUAGCUAACAUGUGCUUUAAGGUGUACGGCUACAUCAGCAUGAAGCAGGGAUUAACCUUUUUACAAGACUUAAAGCUUGGGCAUUACAUGAAGAUUCCUCCUAGAGCAAUGUUUAUGGCUCAGGUUGCUGGAACGUUGAUAUCAGCUUUAGUGCAUCUCGGAACAGCAUGGUGGCUCAUAGACACUGUCCCGGAUAUUUGUGACAGGGCUUUGAUUCCUCCUGGAAGCCCUUGGACCUGCCCAGGCGAUCAUGUAUUUUAUGAUGCCUCAGUCAUCUGGGGUUUGAUUGGGCCGCAAAGAAUUUUUGGAAACCUUGGCCAUUACUCCGCCCUUAACUGGGCUUUCUUAUUUGGAGCUAUAGCUCCUGUCAUUGUUUGGAUCGCGCACAAGACUUUCCCUAGCCAGCAGUGGAUCAGGUUAAUCACAGUGCCUGUACUAUUAGCUGGGAUAAUGAAUAUGCCACCAGCUACUUCUGUCAACUACAACAGUUGGAUCAUCAUAGCUUUUCUCUCUGGAUUUGUUGUUUAUAGAUACAAUCAGAAAUUAUGGAGUCGUCACAAUUAUGUUUUAUCUGGUGCGUUAGAUGCUGGAUUAGCAUUCAUGGGGGUGUUGUUGUAUUUAUGCUUGGGAAUGGAGCAUGUUAGGCUUAACUGGUGGGGAAGUGAUGCAGAUCGAUGCCCACUGGCUAAAUGUCCAACUGCUGAAGGGAUUGUGGUUAAAGGAUGCCCAGUUUUUUAAGUGAUCAUUGAAAUGAUAUGUCUGGAAUUAUUCUUU